ACUUAACCCCCCGCCAUUAUCGUCUUCCCCAAAUCCAAGCCAAGCUCGCCAUUGAUACACCUCUCCUUCUCCUCGUGGUGGUGCUGUUUCCAUGGAGGAUGUCUCCUCUUUGUUGCUUGAACUCUCGGCUUCGGAUGAUUUGGCUGGUUUCAAGAAGGUGAUCGAGGUGAGCGGCGUCGCCGUAGAUGCUGUCGUAGCUCCGUGGUAUGGACGCUCCGCUGGGAGAGAUCGCCGGAUGGGGUUCAAUCUCCGAACUCCUCUCCAGAUCGCUGCGGUUUAUGGUAGUAUCUCUGUGCUUAACUAUAUCCUUUCUGAUUUGACUGCUGUUGAUGUGAAUCGCCGUUCCGGCGAUGACGCCGCCACUGCUCUCCAUCUCGCUGUUGCUGGUUGUUCACCUGGUUCAAUCGAUGCUAUUAAGCUUCUUGUCUCGGCUAACGCUGAUGUUGAUGCCCUUGACACUGGUGGUAACCGGCCGGCGGAUCUGAUCCCCAAGCUGAUCGCGGUGAAUUCGGUUGUGAAAACCCUAGAAACCCUAGUGAAGGCGUCGCCGUCGUCUCCGUCUAGGGUUUCGUCUCCGGCGAAGGAAACGGAAGUAAAGGAGAAGAAAGAGUACCCGCCGGACCUGACGCUGCCGGACAUCAAGAACGGGAUCUACGGCACCGACGAGUUCCGGAUGUAUAGCUUCAAAAUCAAGCCAUGCUCCCGCGCGUAUUCGCAUGAUUGGACCGAGUGCCCUUUCGUCCACCCCGGCGAGAACGCGCGGCGCCGUGACCCGAGGAAAUACCUCUACAGCUGCGUCCCGUGCCCGGAGUUCCGCAAGGGUUCAUGCCGCAACGGCGACGCUUGUGAGUACGCGCAUGGUGUUUUCGAGUGCUGGCUUCACCCAGCGCAGUACCGCACCCGGCUCUGCAAGGACGAGACGGGAUGCAAUCGCCGUGUCUGCUUCUUCGCUCACAAGCCAGAAGAGCUCCGGAUGGUGAACCCCUCCACCGUCUCAGCCUCGAUGAUUUCCUCACCGAGAGCCUCCUCUCUCGACAUGGCGACGGCGAUGCUUCUCAUGCAGCAACCAAGCUCCCCAACUACGAACAGGCUCAAAUCCACUCUGAGCGCCCGGAAACUCCAACUCGAUCUCGAUUUGAUGGCGCUGGAAGCAGCAGCCGCAGUCGCUGCAUCGUCUCCAAGAUCUUCCAAUUGGCCGGCGAACCGAGGAUCAGAUUACGGCGAGCUUCUUCAAGGUCUCUCAUUGAAGCAAAGCCCAUACUCCAGCGCAUCACCAUCAAUCCCAGCGCUUGAUCACUCGCUAGCCACGGCCAUCAUGAAUUCAAGAGCUUCAUCCUUCGCUAAGCGAAGCCAGAGCUUCAUCGACCGUGGAGCGGUGGCGCGCCAGUCCACCCUCGCACCAACCUCCUCAGCCGUGGCACCACCCGCCGGCUUCUCCGGCUGGGGCUCACCUUCCGGCAAACUAGACUGGGGGAUUGAAGGUGAGGAGCUGAACAAGCUAAGAAAGUCGGCUUCUUUCGGCUUCCGCAACAACGGCGCAGCUGCGCCGGCGGCUUUAGAUGAGCCGGACUUGUCCUGGGUACAGUCUCUAGUGAAGGACGCGCCCGCUCAAGCCGGCGCGCCGAUGCAGUAUGGGCUUGAGAGUGGUGGCACUGAGAUGCUUCCUUCUUGGGCUGAGGAGCAGAUGGUGGCAUAAAGAAACCAUGAUGAAAUUUCUCUUAAUUAGUCCUGACCAGUGACCAGUUCUUUAGUUCCUUUCCAUUUUUUCUUUUUUUCUUUUUCUAAAAAAUAUUUCAAUUAAUUCUUAAAUAUCAGCAGCUGCUCAAGGACAUGCCCCAAGGGAGUCUCUGAUGCUCUUUCAUGUUCUUUCAUUCACAUAUAUAUAUAUAUAGUUCUAGUAUUUACAGAAUUCAAGAGAAGAGGAAGAAGAAGAAUAUGAUGAAACAAGUGAAGAAGGGGAAACAAACUUGUGAUAUCUUAUUGUAUUAUUUUUUUAUGGGAAAGUAAGAUGGGUCUUUUGCUUGUAGACCUCCAAUGGAUCUUUUAUCUUUAAUGUUGUUGUUUGUAUAAUAUAUUUAUAUAUAUAUAUAUGUAUGAUUUGACUUUC